AUGACUACAUUUAGAUUUUGCCGUGACUGCAACAAUAUGUUGUACCCUCGUGAAGACAAGGAGAACAAUAGGCUGUUAUUCGAAUGCAGAACAUGUUCUUAUGUGGAAGAAGCGGGCAGCCCAUUGGUGUACAGGCAUGAACUGAUCACGAACAUUGGUGAGACUGCGGGCGUAGUGCAAGACAUUGGUUCUGAUCCGACGCUUCCGAGAUCUGAUAGGGAAUGUCCUAAAUGCCACUCUCGUGAAAACGUGUUUUUCCAAUCGCAGCAAAGAAGAAAGGACACUUCUAUGGUUUUAUUCUUUGUGUGUUUGUCUUGCUCGCAUAUAUUUACUUCUGAUCAAAAGAAUACAAGAACGCAAUUUUCGUGA